UGAGAUACAUUUACCACAACACCAUCCACCCUCUCCCUCUUCCAGUAUUUGGAUUUUGGGGAGGAUAAGCGCAAAACCACACCCUACCACCUUUCUCCUCCUUCCUCAGAGUCUCAGAGAGGCGGCGAGUAAAAGUUAUAGUCUCAUCAAUUCAAUAAACGGCGCCAUGAUUCUGCAAAGUUGUUCUCUCAAUCGGCCUCUGCUAUCGUGUAAGGGAAAAACGACGACAAUUCAGGCAGAAAAGCUUUUACCUCUGAGUAUGAUAUCAAGGAAUCUUUCUUCUUUUUCUCUUUCUUUCCGUGCCUUUCCAGCGCUUUCUUUCCUAGGUCUUCAUUGUAUAAAUCGAUCUGAAUCGCGAUGCUAUAGGAUGGUUGUCGCAAAGCUGAGUGGAGAUGAUCGAGAGAAUGGAAACAGUGCUGAAAUAGGUGGUAAGCCACGGCCGAAGAGGAGAUUUUCUAUGAGAUUACGCCCUAGAUUGCGCUUAAUUUCGGCUAAACUAAAGAGGAUUUCACUUCGAAGUUUGAUUGAGGAUGCAGUAUUCGUACUUAGGAAGAAUUCUAAGAAGGUCACUCUCUCUACAGUGAUAUCUCUUGCCAUGGGGUUCUGUUUCCUGCUUCUGAAGUUCACAGCAGUUCCUAUGUCUAAAGUGGUUCCUUAUUCUGAUUUGGUAUCAAAUCUUCAAACCGGAAAGGUUUCGACGGUGCUUUUUGAGGAGGGCUCUCGAAGGAUUUUCUUCAACACAAUGAUUGACUCGCAGGAUUCCUCAAAACCAGAAGAGGAAAACUCUUCGGUUAAAAUUCAUUCUAAUCCCGUUCUUUCUAGUUCUAGUUGGAGUUCUCGUUCUGUUCCAAAAUGGCAAUAUGUUACCAGAAAGAUCGAUCAUGAUGAGAAUUUUUUGCUUGGUUUGAUGAGAGAGGCGGGGACUACAUAUAGUUCGGCUCCACAAUCUGCAUUAGCGUCAAUGAGGAAUAUUUUGAUCACAAUAAUAUCUUUGUGGGUUCCAUUAACUCCUUUGAUGUGGUUGCUUUAUCGUCAACUUUCUUCUGCUAGUAAUAUUGCAAAGAAGCGCAGGCCUAGUAAUCAGACAGUUAGUUUUGAUGAUGUAGAGGGCGUCGACGCAGCAAAAGAGGAGCUCAUGGAGAUAGUUUCCUGCUUACAAGGCUCCUUGGAUUACAGCAAGUUAGGAGCAAAGUUACUGAGAGGUGUCCUGCUGGUAGGUCCUCCAGGGACCGGAAAGACAUUGCUGGCACGUGCCGUGGCUGGAGAAGCAGGAGUUCCUUUCUUCUCCGUAUCUGCGAGCGAGUUUGUAGAAAUGUUUGUUGGAAGAGGUGCUGCAAGAAUAAGGGAGCUUUUCAACACAGCAAAAAAAUGUGUACCAUCUAUAAUAUUUAUUGAUGAGCUUGAUGCAGUAGGAGGAAAGCGUGGUAGAAGUUUUAAUGAUGAGCGAGAUCAAACAUUGAAUCAGUUGCUUACAGAAAUGGAUGGAUUUGAGUCAGACAUGAAAGUGAUUGUUAUUGCUGCAACCAAUAGGCCAGAAGCUUUAGAUCCAGCUUUAUGCCGUCCUGGUCGUUUCUCAAGGAAGGUUCUUGUUGGGGAACCUGAUCUAGAAGGAAGAAAGAAUAUAUUGGCUGUACACGUAAGAGGCGUUCCUUUGGAGGAAGAACCUCUGAUAAUAUGCAAUCUUGUUGCAUCUCUUACUCCAGGCUUUGUUGGUGCUGAUCUAGCCAAUAUUGUGAACGAAGCUGCUUUGCUUGCUGCUAGAAGAGGUGGUGAAACUGUAUGUAGAGAAGAUUUCUUGUUGGCAAUAGAGAGAGCUAAGUUUGGGAUUAAUGAAAAGCCAUUAAGUCCUAUUGCUAUAAAGAGAAGUAUUAGUAAAUGGUUUCCAUGGAUGCCUGCUCUGUUGAGGAAGGAUGGAACAGGAGAAGAUGGCCUGCAUAAUCUUAUGGGUUAUCAGACACUAAGCUGAUCCUAGUUCUCUGAAACUGCUUUUUCCUGCCAUUUUUUUUGUUUCAUUUUUGUUUAUUUUUGUAUUAUGAUAUUGCUAUUUUAUGAUAGUGUGGUUUUUGAAUAUGGUAUUUCAUUUUUUAUAAAUCAAUUAUG